AUGGAGCAUCAGGAGCUGGACCUUGAGCUCAGCCUCCAGCCCUUCUCGGCGGCGGCGGCGGCGGAUCCUCCGGGAUUCUUCGUCUGCACCUACUGCGACCGCAAGUUCUACAGCUCGCAGGCGCUCGGCGGCCACCAGAACGCGCACAAGUACGAGCGCACCCUCGCCAAGCGCCGCCUGGAGAUCGCCGCCGCCAUGCGCGCGCACGGCGCCCGUCAGGUCGACGCCGCCGCCUCCACCUGCAGGCCAGGUGGGGACCAAGCGCCUGCAGUAGUGCAAUCUGCCGCCUUGCUGCGCGGCAAGAGCAGCUCUCUGGAGCACGGCGGCGUCGGGCGCGCCGACGAGUUGGACUUGUCUCUCAAGCUAUGA